AUGCCAGUAUAUAUCCGGAAACAUCCCCUGGAGAUCCCUCCACCUUCUGAAAAGGACUGGAUUAAGAAGGAUGAGGAAGAAAAUUUCUUCCUGCAGGAUCCCGAUCAAAUCUUUGAUUCAUUGCCUCAGCCUUUCCGGAUGAUCAAUAAACUGGUGACCCUAGUAUUCGAGCAGGCCUGGGAAAUCAUUGAGAAGAGGGAGGCACUCCGAGAGGCACAGACACUGAAGGUCAAGCCCACGUUGUACCUGCCCACAGCUGAAUUCCAGGUGAUGGGAAGAGCCAACUGCCUUGCAGCCUCUGGACAGCAUGUCUUUCUUGGGCUCUCCACAGGGCUUGCAGUUUUCAACAUGCCCAACUGUAAGCGGGUCUGUGCUUGGGAGUCAGCCAAGCUAGAGAUUUGUGCCAUCCGUGCCUCCAACCUUGGCAAUGAGACCCACCUUCUCGUUACUGUUGAUGAGAUGGGACUUGCCCGACUCUUUUAUUUUUACAGGGACAGCCUGCUGCUCAUUAAAGUCCUAAACGAAGUGGAAGAGAUCAGCAAGAGAAACACCUGUGUGGAGGCAGAGCUCUCCCAGGGGGGCGAUUAUGCAGGCAUCCUGCUGCAAGGCAACACAGAAGCUUGGCUGGAGAUCUACCGAUUGCCUAAGGAUUCCUGGCUGAAGGAGACAGACCAUUCCCAGGCAGCUGCAGCAGUGUCAUCUUUCAGGGAGAGGCGGUUCAGCCAGGCGUCGGCGAAAAGUCUGGAACUGCCGGGAGAGGGCUCUGCAGAAACGGAAUCACCCACGUCUGCAAGCAGAGUUGAAACUAAGCUGAGUCUUCCAGUACUGCUGCUGAAGGUCAGAUCGCCCAAACCUCUGACAGGAAGCACUUUUAAAAGCCCUUUGGAGGCCCUGAUGAAGAUUGAUGAUGGCAGUGUGAUCGGCUUGGGACAGAAUCACGUGAUCAAAGACUACCAAUGGGAACAGCAGGACGCAAUCUUUCGCAGCACCUUCCAAAAGCAUCUGGAGAGAGAAAGUGAGCCUGACAGCAAGGAGGAGAAACCCAGCCAUGCUGUGUUUCAUUUUCUCCUGCCUGGCCAGAUACUGCAGAUCGGACCUGAAAUCAAAGCACAGCCAGACGUGCCCACUGGCAUCAGCGUGCAUUGGAAUGGAAGCCACAAUCUCUGCCUGUAUUUACUCACCCGGCCAUCAAAGGAGAAAACGGAUGCUGAGCUAAAACCUGACACUGUCUGGCCAUGUGCUGCUCCAAUCACCUGCUCAGCUGUCACCUCCUGCUCCUCUUACAUGGCUCUGGCAUGUGAAGAUGGGACGAUAACGGUGUGGGACAGAUGUCUAGGAUUCCCACUAGCUGUGACUGCCCUUCCAGAGGGAUGUCUCAGCCGCACCAUCCACUUCCUGCAGACAUCUACAGCCCCAAGGGACCAGCUGCCUAGGCCCAAAGUGCAGCUUCUGGUGCUGUGUACGGAUGGGUCUCUCCACCUGGUUAUAGUAUCAGGGCCCAGAGAGUCCAGGACUGUGCUCCUGGCAGACAGGUCCGAGGACCCAGAUCAGACCAUCAGCGCAGUAGCACCGAUUCCAGCCUUACCUGGUGCAGUGCUGGUGUUCUCCUGGGAUGGCACAGUGUGCCUCACAGACACUGCCACGCCACAGACUGUUUGCCACUUCAUCACCCCACCCUCUCACACAGUAGCAUCCCCCUGGCAACCGGUGUUUACCGUGGAUACCACUAACCAAUGCCUGCUCCUCCGAGGUGAUGAACAGCAGCAGCAGGCUGGGCCCCCGACACAGACCAAAGACAAUCAAAGCUCCAUCUUCCUUUUUUAUUUUGAUUUCUACCAGUCCAUGGAGGUUUUCCCAGCCGUACCGGAGCCUCCUCCUGACUCCUUGCAGCACCGGCCAUGGGACGAGAGAUGUGACAUUUUCCUCCGUGACAGGCUGCAGCGCCUGCCAGGACUCAGCCAGCAGGUACCCAAGUGCUGGAGCCAGCUGCGGAAGCAUGCAGCCGCCCUGCAGAGGGAGAGCCGGAAGAAGUGA